AUGGCGCGAGGUAGCGGCGCGCGGACAUGGGCCCGGGGCGGGGGUCUGGGAUCCAAGGGCCGGCGCCGCCGCGCACGGGUUGGUGCUGAGACUCGGUCGCAGCCCAGUCCGCGCGCCGCGCUGACCGUCACCGCUGGGGAGCGCGCAGGCCCUGCCGGGCCCUCCCUGGACCUGCGGUGCGCCUGGCACCUCAUGUCCCGUUGUCCCCCAGUGUGGCAGCAGCCGUUCCUCAACGUCUUCAGACACUUCAAGGUGGACGAGUGGAAGCGCUCCACUAAGGAGGGCGACGUGGCCGCCGUGACGGUGAGUGGCCGGGGCGCCCGGCGGCGGGAGCGGCGGCCUCUCCUCUCUUCUCCCCGGACGUUUGUUUGCAGCCCUCCUGGCCUCCCCGGGCUGCAGGACGUCUGCAAGACGUCUCUCUCUCUCCAGGACAAGACUCUCAAGUGCACCGUGUACCGCGUGCGGGGCUCUGUCUCUGCGAGCAACUACAUCCAGCUCCCCAAAACCAGCACCCAGUCCCUGGGGCUGAACGGACGGUACCUGUACGUGCUCUUUCGGCCACUGCCUGCCAAGCAUUUCGUCAUUCACCUGGAUGUGUCCACUGAGGACAGCCAGGUCAUCCGAGUGUCCUUCUCCAAUCUCUUCAAGGAGUUCAAGUCCACAGCUACGUGGCUUCAAUUCCCUUUCAUUUGUGAGGCUGGGACACCCAGGGAAGGUAACGUGCAGAUGAGGCAUGAUCCUGCACACCUGCCAGGUGUGGCCUUCCCUGGUGCCCGCUGGACCUGCCUGCAGCUUGACCUGCACGACAUCCUGCUGGUCUACCUGCAUCGAUGCUACAGUCAUCUGAAGGGCGUCAGGCUGUGUGCCAGCAUGCUGGUCCGGAGCCUCUACACUAGUGACCUGAGCUUCGACCCUGCCAUCACUGUUGCUGAAGCCCGGCGCGCAAAACUGCCUGUCACCCCCAUACCUCGAGAAAUGGCUUUCCCGGUGCCAAAGGGGGAGAGCUGGCAUGAUCGCUACGUCCACAUCCGGUUUCCGAGCGGUAGCUCGCACGCGCCCUCCGAGCUGGUGCAGAAGAGCGGUUUCCCUCCUGAGGCAGCGGGGCACGUACCGCGGCUGCUCCCUUCCCCAGCAGCCUGCAGCAAACCUGCGCGGGACCUCAGGGCCCUGGUGGUCCAGAAGCAUGACCCCACAGCCGUGAGUGCCCGGUGCCCUCGGAGGUGGGGCUGGGGGUGUUGGCCUCAGGCAGAGUGCUCAUGGGCACUUGUCCUCCUGCAGUCCCGCUGGGCCUCCGCCAUGCCCAGGCCCCUUCCGGAGGUCCGUGUGUCCUGUGAGCGCUCAGAGGUCUCCAGUGUGGCUGGCCCUGGUGGCUGUAGCCAGGAGCCCUCGGCCUGGGUGGAGACCACUGACGAGCAUGCAGCCAGUGACGGCCUUCACGUGUUUGCCCAUCAGGCGACGAAGCCCAUGGCCCCAGAGGAUGCAGCUCCACAUGAGCCCUGCUGCAACAGGGACCUUGCCACCUGGCUCUCACUGUACGUCUGCCUGUUUCAGAGCUUCCUCCCAGAUCCGAUCCUGAGGCUCAAGGGGGUCAUCGGCUUUGGGGGUCAUAGCACCAAAUGGGCCCUGUGGACCCCGGAUGGGGCUGCUGUCGUGUACCCUUGCCACGCGAUCAUCGUCGUCCUGCACGUCGAAACCCGGGAGCAGCGUCUCUUCCUUGGCCACACAGAGAAGGUCUCUGCUCUGGCGCUGGACGGGAGCGGCUCGCUGCUGGCCUCUGCCCAGGCCUGGCCCCACAGCAUGCUGCAUCUCUGGGACUUCCAGACAGGGAGCUGCCUGGCCCUGUUCCGGAGCCCGGUCCACACCGUCUGCUCCCUCAGCUUCUCCAACAGCGGGGAGCUGCUCUUCGGCGUUGGCAAGGACCGCCACGGGCGGACGACGGUGCUGGUGUGGGGCAUGGCCCAGCUGGGGAGAGGCGGAGAGGCCAUCAUCCUUGCGAAGGCGCACAGUGACGCUGAUGUCCAGGCGUUCCAAGUGGCCUUCUUUGACGAAGCCAGGAUGGCGUCGUGCGGGCGGGGCAGUGUGCGGCUGUGGCGGCUCCGAGGUGGGGCGCUGCGCUCCUGCGCUGUGGACCUGGGGGAGCAUCACGCGCUGGAGUUCACUGACCUGGCCUUUGGGCCAGCCCAGGAUGGCCACACUCUCUAUGUGUGCAGCCGCAGCGGCCACAUCCUGGAAAUCGACCACCAGCGCAUGGCCGUGAGGCAUGCUCGCCGUCUCCUGCCCUUGCAGAACCCCCGUGACCCCCUCGCACAGAAGCAGACCUUCAGUUUGGGCCCCGGCAUCGCCAUCAGCAGCCUCAGCGUCUCCCAGUCCGCGUGCGCCGUGGGCUCCGAGGAUGGCUACCUGCGCCUCUGGCCGCUGGACUUCUCCUCCGUUCUCCUGGAGGCAGAGCACGAGGGCCCCGUCACCUCCGUCCGCAUCAGCCCCGGCGGCCUGCGUGUGCUGUCCACCACCUCCUCGGGCCACCUGGGCUUCCUGGACGUCCCGUCGCAGGCGUACAGCGUGCUGGUGCGCUCGCACACCGCCCCGGUGCUGGCCCUUGCCACCGAGCGCAGCCGGGGACAGCUGGCCACCGUGUCCCAGGACCACACUGUGCGCGUCUGGGGCCUGGCGACCCUGCAGCAGCUGUAUGACUUCGCGUCGCCCGAGGAGGCCCCGCGUGCUGUUGUCUUCCACCCCACGCAGCCGACCUUCUUCUGUGGCUUCAGCAGCGGGGCCGUCCGCUCCUUUAGCCUGGAAGCCGCCGAGGUCCUGGUGGAACAUAGGUGUCACCGAGGAGCCAUCACCGGCCUGGCCACCAGCCCUGACGGUCGCUUCCUGUUCAGCACCUGUUCCCGGGGCACCCUGGCCCAGUACCACAGUGGCGCGCCCCGGUGCCGCAUCCUGCGAGUGGCAGGUCAGGCCCCCACGCCCAGCCCCGCGUGGGCCUCCCAGUACCUCCCUGACUGUGGCGCUGUGGCCCGUAGCCUCACUCAUAGACCCACGGGGCCAGCUAACGUGGUGUGCCAGGAGGCCUGCCCCAGCUCCAGCGUCCUGGUGGUCAGUGGGGACAGCCGCCUCCUGGCCUUCGUUGGUCCCUGCAAAUACACGGUGAGCGUUGUGGACGCAGCCUCGCUGGAUGAGCUUCUGAGGGUUGACGUAAGCACCCUGAACCUGGCUGGCAGCUGCCUGGACUCGCCUGUGGCCCUCUGCUUUGGCCCCUCCCCCCCCGGCCACCUGCUGGUGUCCACCUCCUCAAACACGAUCGCCGUGCUGGAUGCCAGAUCGGGCCGCGUGGUCCGGGAGCUGUCCUGUGGCCGUCCUGCGGCCUGUGCCUCCCUGGCCCUCAGUGCGGACGGGCGCUUUCUGCUCACAGCCGCUGAGCGGGCUGUCAGGCUGUGGGACUACGCGGUGCAGGCCGGCCCCAGCUGCCAGGUGUACAUUGGCCACUCGGAGCCAGUGCGGGCCGUGGCCUUCACCCCCGACCAGCAGCAGCUCCUCAGCGUGGGAGACGCCAUCUUCCUCUGGGACAUUCUGGUUCCCCAUGAGGGGCGCUCCCCAGAAAGUGUCCAGGGUGCUCCCGGGGCCCCCCUGACCUGCGAAGCAGGCCCAGAUUCAGAACAGCUGGAGGGCAUGGCAUCCGGGGCCAGAGGGCCCCUCCAGCAGGUGUCCAUGUCACCCCCGGCGCUCCUGCCCCGGCCGGGCCUCUGUGCUGGGCCCCCUGAAGGCUUUGACGGCGCCCUCUUCCUAUCAGACGAGAGCCGUGGCCCCGAGGAUCCCCAUCAGGCCUCAGGCCCGUCCGUGAUGGUCCAGAAGGAGGCCGGCCGGGCUGGCAAAGGGGCCUGCGGGGUGACAGGAAGCCCCCGGGACUUGUGCAGGCGCCCCCACCCCUGUGGCUGGCCCAGUGCCUGCAGCACAGGGGGAGCCAGGGCCCGGCCCCCCACUCACCCGAACUCCUACCGGCACUUCACUGCGCGCUACAAGGCCUCCUCGCCGGCCCAGGGCCUCUCCCUGCCCCCUGCUGGCGACGAGCGGCUGCGCCUGAAGGCCGUCGUGGGCUAUAACGGGAACGGGCGCGCCAACCUCGUCUGGAGGCCAGAUACCGGCUUCUUCGCCUACACGUGUGGCUGCCUGGUGGUGGUGGAGGACCUGCACUCGGGCGCCCAGCAGCACUGGCUCGGCCACCCCGAGGAGAUCUCCACGCUGGCCCUCAGCCACGAUGCCCAGGUGCCCGCCCUGUGGCACCCCCACAGGCCCAGAGUCCUGGCCUCGGCCUCUGGCCGAAGCGGCGCUGCCUCCUGCUGCCAGAUCCGUCUCUGGGACAUUCCCCGGGGCUCCUGCCGGCAGCUCCUCUGUCACCACGACACCACGGUCCAGGCUCUGGCUUUCUCACCAGACGACAGGCUCCUGGUCACACUGGGGGGCUGUGGCGAUGACACCCUGGCCCUAUGGAGCAUGGCUACCUGCGAGCUCGUGUCCUCCACACGCCUCCCAGAGCCGGUGCACGGUGUGGCCUUCAACCCCUGGGAUGCCGGCAAGCUGACCUGCGUGGGCCGGGGUGUCCUCACCCUGCAGCUCCUGUGGGGGCGGGCAGGUGACAUCAGCCUCCAGGCCCACCGGGAGCCUGUCCCCGAGGAGGCGGGGGGCUGGGAGCUGAGCUCACUCUGCUACGGGGCCACACCCCUGCUCUACUGCGGCUCCAGUGAGGGCCAGGUGUGCGUGUGGGACAUGCGUGCCGACUGCUGCUUCCUUGCCUGGGAGGCAGAUGACGGCGAGAUCGGAGUGCUGCUGUGCUCAGGCACCUGGCUGGUCAGCGGCAGCAACACACGUCGGCUGCGCCUGUGGGCCGUGGGGGCCGUGCCAGAGCUGCGGCGCCGGGGCUCGGGGGCCAGGUCCAGCUCCGUGUUCCUGGAGCGUGAACUGACCCUCGACGGGGCUGUCGUGAGCGCGGUGUUCCACGACAGCAUGGACAUGGGUGUGGUGGGCACCACGGCGGGCACACUCUGGUACAUCAGCUGGGCUGAGGGCACCAGCACUCGCCUCAUCAGUGGCCACCGGAGCAAGGUGAACGAAGUGGCCUUCAGCCCCGACGAGUCCCACUGUGCCACGUGCAGUGAUGACGGGAGCGUGAGGGUAUGGUGCGUGGCUAGCACGGAGCUGUUGAUCCAGUUCCAGGUGCUCAACCAGAGCUGCCUCUGCCUGGCUUGGAGCCCCUUGUCGUGCAGACGCCCGGAAGAGCAGUACGUGGCAGCAGGCUACAGUGACGGGGCACUGCGGAUCUUCAGCAUCCCGCGCACGGCCGUGGAGCUCAAGAUGUACCCGCACGCGGUCGCGAUCACAGCCCUCGCCUUCUCUGCUGAUGGUCAGACCAUCGUCUCUGGAGACAAGGACGGGCUCGUGGCCGUGAGCCACCCCUGCACGGGGAUGACCUUCCGGGUGCUGAGUGACCAUCGUGGCGCCCCCAUUUGCACCCUCCAGAGCACAAGGAAGGAGUGUGGAGACUUCGGGGCAGAGGGCACGGAUCUGUGGCUGGCCGCCAGCGGGGACCAGCGAGUCAGCGUCUGGGCCUCUGACUGGCUGCGCGACCACUGUGAGCUUGUGGAUUGGCUGAGCUUCCCAGCGCCUGGUGUCAAAGGGGUAAGCGUCCUGGCGGCCCCGUGGGCGUGGUGCCCCGGCUGCCCACCCUGCACUGUGCCCCCACAGGCCUCCGGCUGCUUGCCACCCUCGCUCGCUGCCUUCUGCCCCUGGGACCCGGCGCUGCUAGUGUGCGCAGGCCUUGGUGUGCACCCCGAGGUGGUCUUCUACAGCCUCCGCCAGAAGCAGGUGGUGGAGAAGAUCCCACUGCCUUUCUUUGCUGUGUCCAUGAGUCUGUCCCCUGGGGCCCACCUCGUGGCCAUUGGCUUCUCUGAGCGCGUGGUGCGGCUGCUGGACCGCGCGUCGGGGGCCGCGCAGGACUUCGCGGGCCAUGGCGACUCCGUGCAGCUGUGCAGGUUUGCCCCGUCGGCCAAGCUGCUCUUCACGGCGGCCUACAGCGAGAUCUUGGUGUGGGAACUGACAGGCCGCUGA